GUCGGCAAUUAAUCGUCAUGUAGCAAUCGUAUCUACUUGGUACCUUUAUUUGGACUGCAUCCUGAUCCCGACUGUGUAUCCAUCAUUCACAUUUUCACGUUCGGAAUUCAGGAAACAAGUACGAUACAAUGCCUGGUUGGGAAGAAGCAACCGCGGUACAGAAAGUGUCCGCGAACACGUACUCAUGCACCCUGUAUGAGGACUGGUGUAUUGGUAGUGUACCAAAUGGCGGCUACGUGACGGGCUGUGUCUUGGAGGUCGUCAAGACGCACUUCAACACAUCGUUGGCCAAGCAGAAUCAACCACACACCAUUGCUCUGCACAUUGAAUUCAUGCGAAGGACCCAAACUGGGCCUGCUUUGUUCACAGUCGAAGACGUCAAGCUUGGUCGACAGGCUUCCGUCGUUCACGUGACCAUGACGCAGGAUGGCCGCAAGGAGAUUGUGGCCUAUGUGACGAACUCCAACAUAGCCGCCGAGGAAGGGUUCUCCUUCGACACGAAGCACGAGCCUCUGCCUGCACCCCCACCUGUCGACCUGGCGAAACUGGAGACGGACUCCGAUGAGCUAUGGAAAUUGAGUGAAGUGCCAUUUGCAAAGUUUCGUAAAGCAACGGCGCAGGUUAACUUCCACUUGCCUCGAGCUGGUCCGGUACGCCCGAACAUUGUCGACGAAUGGUUCUGCUGGUCGGACGGGACAAACUUUACGCAGACCUCUAUUGGGUUCGUAUCAGACAUGUACCCUCAGAUCGUUGAAAACCUCAAGGAAACGAAGGAAGCCUUCUGGUACCCAACACUCCUACUGAACCUGGACAUCAAGAAGUUGCUGCCUGCCGAGGGAGUUAAGUGGCUCAGGGUGAGAGCCGAAUUGAAACAAAUCAAGAAUGGCAGACUAGACCUGGGUAUAUGGGUGCACGACGCAGCUGGUGAACUAGUUGCUUUGAGCAAUCAUGUUGGAUUUGUGGUGUCAGCGUCGAGGAAUCUUGCUGCAAGGAGCAAGCCAGACGCUAAGAUAUAGAGCGCAGCACAAGCAGUGUGCUGCAAGCAGUAACCUAAUUGCAAAAUCCAAUUGACUAAUAGCGCCUCCCAC